AUGGUCAACCAGAGCUCCCCAGUGGGCUUUCUCCUUCUGGGCUUCUCUGAACAUCCAGGACUUGAAAAGAUUCUCUUUGGGAUUGUCUUGACUUCUUACUUCCUGACGCUGGUGGGAAACUCCCUCAUCAUCCUGCUCUCUGUGCUGGACUCCAGGCUCCACUCCCCGAUGUACUUCUUCCUCUGCAACCUCUCCUUCUUGGAUCUCUGCUUCACCACGAGUUGUGUUCCCCAGAUGCUCUUCAACCUCUGGGGCCCCAAAACCAUCAGCUUCCUUGGCUGCUUUGUGCAGCUCUUCAUCUUCCUCUCUCUGGGAACCACGGAGUGCAUCCUACUGACAGUGAUGGCUUUUGACCGCUAUGUGGCGGUCUGCCAGCCUCUCCAUUAUGCCACCAUCAUCCACCCCCGCCUGUGCUGGCAGCUGGCAGCUACGGCCUGGGUCAUUGGCCUGGUAGAGUCAGUGAUCCAGACCCCUUCCACCCUCCGCCUGCCCUUCUGCCCCCACCGGCAGAUAGAUGACUUUGUGUGUGAGAGGGCCAAGUUCUUUGGCCUCUUCUACACGGUGGGCACGCCUUCACUCAACCCUCUCAUCUACACUCUGAGGAACAAGGAGGUCAAGAGGGCAUUGAUGAGGUUGCUGCGGAAGGAUGUGGACCCCAGAUCAUGA